AUGGCUCCUUCGUCACUCCAGCAUCGACGCACGCACAAUCUGCUUCUCAUAUCGAAACUGCUCAAUCAGCGAGAUGCAGCAUCUCCGUUCACACUCGUGCUUGAUAAUCUGGAACAAACCGGCAAGCCCGUUGUGGCAGAAUACCUGAGGCGAGCCAAUACAUCCAAGAUCAAAGUCAUCUUCGUCUCAUUCGAGACGCUCCGCCGGCCCCGCACUGCAGAUGUCUUCAUCGAAGCAUGGAGGCAAAGUCUGCAAUCUUGGCAAACCGAAGUCGUGAAUCACCUCAGAGCCGAAGCAACGCAGAGUGAGUUCAUCCCGUUCAAAAAACUCCUAGUAUUCGAUACCCUCAACCCUCUCAGCGCAACACAAAGUUCGAAUCUUCCAGCUCUCCUCUCCUCCUUCAUUCUCCCCACAAGCUCCCUUCUGGCACUCUAUCAUACCGACGUCCCGCUACCAAUCCCCGAAAUUUACUAUAGUAAUAAUAAUUAUAACAACAACACCGGACAUCAAAAUCCGUACGCUCCCUCUGCACUGACCCUACUCCGAUAUCUGGCAACGACAAUUCUCACGGCCCAUUCAUUCCAUCAUGUCCUUGCUCAAAAAGCCGCGCGGGAAAGAAGUCACGCCGAACCAAUUUUUGGCUUGGAAGCAGGUGUGGAUGGAGUUUUGCAAAGUCUGGGAGCGAAUGGAUUAGAGGGAGUGGUACUGGAGAUGGAGCAUCGGAGGAAAAGUGGCAGAGGAGUGCGCGAGUGGUAUUUUCUGCCCAUGGUCGGACGACAGCCUGCGAUGAUGACGACGAUCAAGGGGCGGGAGAGUGGGAUUAUGCUCUUGGAGGAUCAUCCGCGGUAUCGGACGCCUGAGGAGAGGAAGAAGGUUGAUGCUGAUGCUGCUGCGAGGGAGGAAGGGGAUGGUAGUGAGAGUUCUACUACGACGUUUGAAUUGGGAUUGACGGAGAAGCAGAGGAGAGAUCGCGAUGGGGUGGUGUUGCCUUAUUAUGAUGCUCAGAGAGGCGGUGGGGAUGGAGGGAGGAUCUUGUAUGAUAUGGGUGAGGAAGAUGAUUUUGAUGAGGAAGAAGAUGAGAUUUAG